CGUGUUCGAUCACGAUAUUUUGGCUCGCAGUUCAUGGGCCAUGCAAAGGCGGUGGACCUUCUCAGUAAUUUCAAGGAGUGUUUACGUGACCUUGAUUUGAGGAGGAUGGUCUCUUUGUCCAUGGACGGACCCAACGUCAAUUGGCGUUUUCUUGAGAUGCUGCAGACGGAGCAUGCUGAGCAUUUUGGGGGUGCCCAGUUGGUUGUAGUGGGAAGUUGUGGGCUACACACUCUACAUAAUGCUGUCAAAUGUGGAUUCACUGAGUGGCAUAUGGAGAAGUUCUUAAGAGCUCUUCAUACUAUUUUUCACAAUGUGCCAGCAAGAAGGGAGGAUUUUUGCAAUCUUACAAAGUCCAAAACCUUUGCUUUGCCUUUCUGUGGUCACCGCUGGAUCGAGAACCUCCCAGUAGUGCAGAGAGCCAUUGAGAUCUGGCCUGACAUGAAGAAAUAUGUUGAUGCUGUUACAACCAAGAAGCUCCCAAACCCUGGAACGUCUUCUUAUGACACCAUCGAGGUGGCAACCAAAGACCCUCUUAUUUUGGCAAAGCUGCAUUUUUUCAUGGCAGUUUCACGAAGUGUGACACCCUUCUUGACAAAGUAUCAAACGGAUGAACCUGUGCUUCCAUUCUUUGCCAAUGACUUGGCUGAAUUACUGAAGAAUUUGCUGAGGCGAUUCAUCAAGCGAGAGCUACUGACUGAUGUCACACCUCAGCACUUGGUACGGCUUGAUGUCACUGACAAGCAGUCGAGGGUGCAUCCAAAGGCAGUGGACAUCGGCAUUGGUGCAGAGACUGCCAUAAAGGAACUCCAACAGCGGAGUAAAUCCUCAGAGGAACUUUCCAUCCUACAUUUUCAAAACCAAUGCAUGGAGUGUCUAUCCAAAAUGGUCCAGAAGAUUCAGGAGAGGAGCCCUUUGAAGUUUCCGAUUGUUAGACAAUUAACUUGUCUGAACCCAGCCUUUAUGUACAGCAACCCUGAACUGUGUCAGAAACAGAUGAAGAGCAUAGUCAGGAAGUUUCUACAAGACAGACAGUUGGAUGGAGGAGUUGCUGCUGGUGAUCUGAUCACCCAGAAGUUCUCAGAGAUGCUGUCCCUGGAGGUCCGAACUGAAGAAUUUCAGUCCUUCCAGCCAUUCAAGAAAAGACUGGAUGUCUUUCUAAGCAACAUCAUCAGUGAGACCUACCCACAACUUUGGUCCUUUAUCCAGAAGCUUCUACUUCUAUCACACGGGCAGGCAACAGUUGAGCGGGGCUUUUCGGUGAACAAAGAAAUUGAAACUGCUAACAUUCACGAAGACACCGUUGUAGCGCAGAGAAUCGUCUGUGACUACAUCUCUCUCCAUGGAGGGGUUACCAAGGUCCCCCUCACGCCAGCCCUGCUUUCCUCUGUCUCAUCUUCCAGAGCAAGAUAUAGAAUUCAUCUUGAGACGGAGAGAAAAAAGAGAGAAUCUCAAGCAGAGUCAGAAAAACGAAAGGCCAUUGAGGAGAACCUGGAGCAACUGAGAAAGCACAGAAGAUCCAUCAAGGAGGUAGCCGAACAUCUGCUCAGGGAUGCUGAUAAGUUGGCAGACCAGGCUGAAGCCAAGCAAGCAGGCAGCAAGAUGGCGGAGCUAAUAGCAAAAUCGAAUGCCUUUAGAAGGAGCCACAAGGAAAAGAUGGCUGAACUCAUUAAACUGGACGAACAGAUUGCUGCCAAAAGAGCUGAGCUCCAAAAGCUGUAGGAUCUAUUGAAAUGCACACAGGCACACCCACAGACGAAUGCAGGCACACGCACACACAAACACACACACACACGUACACCCCUCACAGUUAUUGUUUUAAAUUAUUCUGUCUUAGGACUUAAAUACAGUGUAGAUUGCAACAACCGCACACAGGCACACCCACAGACGAAUGCAGGCACACGCACACACAAACACACACACACACACACGUACACCCCUCACAGUUAUUGUUUUAAAUGGUUCACUUAGAUACAAUGUAGAUUGCAACAACCGCACACAGGCACACCCACAGACGAAUGCAGGCACACGCACACACAAACACACACACACGUACACCCCUCACAGUUAUUGUUUUAAAUGGUUCUUAAAUUAAUGACUUAAAUACAGUGUAGACAGGCUGUAGGUUACUUUGGGAAAAAACAUCCAUACAAAGGCGCACCCACAGACGUGUGCAUGUGCAUACAUGCACUCCUCACACAGUUAUUGUGUUUAAAUAUGGUGAAUGUUAUGUUGAAGCAGAUCUUUGAAAGCUGUUGUCCUCAGAGCAUAUUGUUCAUUAAAGUUAUUUAUUUGAU